CGGGUGGGUGGACCACAUAGAUAAUACUAUCUUUAAUCGCGGUGGACGGUCUUCGGAAAUACCUCCAGAAGGUUUUUCCUCCAGAGGUGCUAUCCCCAUUCCCCGGCAGCCAGGUGCCCGCACGCACUAAUUAUUGUCGGUGUUGUGUAACUGUGUAAGUACAAAGUUGUGUUAACACGACAAAAUGGUGGACCAGCCCGUGUCGUCGGUUCGCCCGUGAUAAUCGUCUCGUUGACACAGUCUUAGGUGAAGUGGUUGUGAGCAGAUACCUACUCGAUAGUAAAACCGAGAAGAGCUACUGCUGGAUUAAAGAACGCAAGUGCUGAUCUCCCGAUCUCCGUUCGCCAGACGCGCCUUAGAACACUAAACGCGCGCUAGCUGUUUUGGUUCGGUGACAUUUGAAAACGAUCACCGCGGAUUCUUUCUAUGCACACACGUUAUUUCCAUGAAAUCUCCUAUGUCCGAUUGGGUUAAGAAAAAUGACAGUUUUAUCGUCAGCAGAGACAGCUGAACAGCCACCUCGCAAGAAGUUGUGUUUAUCAGCAUCCAGGCAACUACAAUCUAAAUCCUAUGCACUCUCUCAACUUAAUCCGAUGGCAUCACCUCUUGAUCAGCCUGUUAUUCGGCAUAUCAAGCAACAGCAACAACUGCAGCAGCAACAACAGCAGCAGCAAAUAAACUGUUCUUGUGACAAUGAAAGUAAUGGAUCCCCUGGUGUGGCAACUUUAUGCAAUCUUGGUAACACCUGUUUUCUAAAUAGUGUUUUAUACACAUUAAGAUUUGCACCUUCAUUUUUGCACAAUCUUCAUCACCUAAUCACUGAGUUACAAGAGAUCACGGGGCGGUCAACAAACGGACUCAAGGGAAAAUGCUCUUCUCUGGGCAGAAGUACGAGCUCAGUCAGCAGCAAAAUGUGGAACUUUCAAUCAUCAUUAAAUGUUAGUAUGAAUGAUUUAAAAAUUAUACAAGUUACUGAACGUCUUCACCAAGUAUUUGAAGCAUUACAUAAUUGUGAGCUCAAAGAUAGUUCAGAUCCAUAUCAACCUGAAGUAUUUUUGCAAUCUUUAAGAGAUGUCAACCCAAUUUUCGAAGGAAAUCAGCAACAUGAUGCCCAUGAACUUCUUGUCUGCUUGUUAGAUAAUAUUCGAGAAGGAUGUAAAUUAGUCAUGCAGCAUUCUGCUCAAGUGAAUUGUUUUGUUGCACCUGCCCCAGUCAUUCAACCUGUUGCACCUAACAAAUUGAAAAAAUUUUCUGGACAAGUACGAAAGUCUUUAAAAAUUGCAUCCAGUAGUAAAACACGGCCAGUCAAUGGUAAUCUUCCGCCCAAUGUUAAUAUUCCUAGUGAUAAAGUGGUUUUAUCCGAAAAUGACAAUUUUGCUGAUGACAAACAAAUGUAUGUAGUUAAUGGAACUACAAAUGCUGUCCAAUCUGAUGAAAAUGAAAGCAUUCCUAGUGGCAGCAGUAGUAGUAGUAGUAGUAGUACAUCAAUGUUUGAUGAUUUUCAAGGUGUAUCUUUACUUCGCACCACAUGUUUAGAAUGUGAAUUUGUUACAGAACGGAAAGAGAGUUUUUGUGAUAUCUGUGUUCCUAUAAAUGGUUUAACUAAUGGAGACAUAUCACCUGAAAAUGAAUUCAACCCAUAUGAUUAUGAUAGUGUAAACAAAUUGUAUCAUUCUGCAAUAGUAACUGAAGAAUAUUUACAAGACACUGACAAAUAUUGGUGUGAACAGUGUUGUCGAUAUAAUGAAGCUAAACGAAGUGUUGGUUAUGAAAGUUUACCUCGAUUACUGACAUUACAUUUAAAACGAUUUUGCACCAACUAUAGAGCUGUUGUGUCAAAAGUAAACGAACACAUGCCAACUCCUUUAACAUUGGAGUGUUUUUGUGAAGAGUGUUUAUCUCUCAAUUCACAACAACAAACUCGAGCACAUAGUUACCAGCUAUAUGCCAUAAUAAUGCAUUUGGGUGCUACAAUUGCUUCUGGGCAUUAUGUCGCAUAUGUUAAGGCUCAGGACAACCUUGAUGAGUAUAUCAACUGUCCUCGUGAUCGACGCAAGACUGGAAGUCUUUCCGUCACACCCAAUGGUACUUUACCAGCAAAUUAUAAAAAAUCAUCAAUAUCAAAUGGUCUUUUUCGAUUUUUAAAAAUAUCUUCGAAAACAUCUUCAGGAGCUCCUAAUAGUCAAUCAAGUGAUUCAAUUGAUGAUUCAGGAAAAGUUUCUUCGUUAGGACGGUGGUGCCGUAGUCUAGAAUGCUGCGGUGUAAGAAUAUUAGAUAACUCAGAAGGUGGAGAUAGCAUGUGGUUAGAGUGUGAUGAUGAAACAGUAAGAACUAUGUCGGUUGCACAAUUAACACAAAUUUUAGAAUCUAAAUCAUCCAAGAACUCAGCAUUAACUCCGUAUUUAUUAUUUUAUGUCAAAGUCAACCACAGCGAAUAAUGAAUUAUUUACUUCAUAUUAAUAAAAAAUCCUGGUUAUAUUAAUUUGGUGACAAAUUGUAAAUCAGAACUUCAAGUGUUGGCACCCUUACCAAAGACUAAUAUUUAAGUGCACUUUGCUGCUAUAACUUUUAAUAUUUUAAAGUUAACUAUACACAAAAUAUUCAUAACUUUUAUUAUUAAAAUUAUAUAAUUACCUAAUACAAUCAAUCUCCACCAGGCACGAACACAAGGAAAAAAUUGGUGGAGGAAGGGGUUUGAAAAAGUUCAUAAAUAUCGUACUAUACCCAAUUAAAAAUAAGGCAGUGACCUGGUGGCCAAGUUGUGUGCAUGAGUGUGACUUUGUUCUGCAGCGCUAGCAUACCCGAUCGGAAUUGUUUGAAUAGGUGAGGGACUAAACGUCUGACCGUCACAGAUGAAAACUGGUUGCCGCCGGGUCACGGUCUUAUUUUGAAUUGGGUACUAGUUAUUUAUAUUGUAUUUAUUUCAGGUACAUUAUAAAAUAAUAUAUAGACGUCUUGGUACUUUGGCCAUUAUAUCUUCUAUGGUUUCAUUGUAGAUCAUUUUCGUCAAUAUUACGUCAAUUUACAAACCACGGUAAAGUUUUAUAACUAAUAAUAUAUUUUUUGUU